AUGCCGAAAAUUAACAGUAGCACGAACGUCGAUGCCAACGGUCGACGGCUGACCAAGUUAGCACAAAAGCUCGCGGUUAUGUUCAUGCAGUCCUUCGUCACGGCGGUGUUCGUGUUCGUCCUGCUGACGUUCGCGUAUUACCUGCACUUGCGGUGCAGGUCCACAGCGUCGGCGGCGGUUGCGGGUAACUUCUCGUACUACGACGACACCGACGGUUCGGGGUCUCGCGCCUCGGUGCCGGCGGAGCAGAUCGUCAACGUCACGGCCAGUGACUUCUGUUCGGUCGUGUCCAGGGACCUGUACACGCUGGAACAGAUGGGCUACGUGGACGAGACUCGCCGCGUGUCCAAGCUGCUGUCCCUGGACCUCGGUGGCUCACAGGACGUGUAUUACGUGUUUGUCAACACCACGCACGUGCCGUGGACGGUCGCAUGUUCGCUAGAGUCAGCCCUGGGCGCUGUUGGCAAUGUCGGCCGCGUAAAUGUGUUCGUCGUCAGUGGAAUGGAAUUCGUUCGAAUCGAUAACAGAUGCGGCCUAACGCAGCCGGUGUCGCUGUUGUCGAUUCUUAUCGACCUGACAAACAAGUACGGUAACCACCGGUUAAACGUGAUGCACGUCAACCUUGACGAUAUGCUGGAGUUUUCGCCGUUCCAGUCAAUGGGCCUCAACAAGCGUCCCGCGCUCGCCAAGUUUACCGUGGAGCUGGUGCUGCUCUGGCAGUUCGGCGGCACGGUGCUGGACGGCGACAUGGUGGCGAUCCGAGGGUCCGUGUACCGUGCGACCGACACCGCUGUCGAGUACGGCGACUUGACCGUCAGCUCGCCGGCCACCUGUCACCCGUUCGUGUACGAUGCUAUGGUGUGCACCAAGAGCUACGCGCUGCUUUACAGACCGUUCAUGGCUGACACCAGCCUCAGGAUCUUCGAAAAGGCGGUGGAAUGGUCGGGGCGCGGCGCCGACGACGUCCGGCGUGUGCGCGACAGUGUGGUGUGCCGGGACGGCGUGGUCGGCGACCAAUGCCAUUACGUACACCGAGCCGACGUCGACUUCAUACACCGCUACUGCCCAACCGUCUAA